GGAGACGAAAUCAAAAAUUAUUCGAGUAUAGGUGACAACAACGUGCGAUUAGAAAAAGUAAAAAUAAGGGAUCAUUGGAGAAGACAAUGGAUGACGUAAGCCGAUGAGAAUCUGAAGAUCCUCUACGACCCGAGUCCAUUUUAGAUCCUAACCCGGUGACCCGUUUACCUGGUUUCCUCUCACCACCAAGUUUUGCUUCUAAAAUUUUCUGGUAGAUCUGAGUCCACAAUCAUCAGAAAUCAACUUUGUGAAUUGAAGGCCGAUCACUCCUUUGACUUUGUUCUUAGGGUUCAUCCUCAAAGGUGUUUAAUGAGCUCUUAGAAGCUAUGGGAAUGGCGUCCAUGAGCUCUGGUACUGAAAGCCUUCGUCUUUGCGUGUUUGACUUAAGAAGAGGCCAACACGAAGGACAGGAACUGGACAAGAUCUUGUUCUUCUAUCCUCCUGAUCUAACCUUCUCCACUCAGCUAUCGGUUAUAGGUCUCAGUGAAGGGCUUAUCACGUUCACGAGACUUUUCUCCCCGGAGGCAGCUUGUGAGGUAAUUGAAGCAGAGAGACAUUCCCAUGUUUUCUAUGAGGCCGAGCCCGAUAUCUGGAUGGUCAUGAUUGUAGAGAAAAAUAAGGAGAUUGAAGCUGUAUGGAGGAUUGAUGCAUUGCGGAGAGUGCUUAAGGAAGUGCACUCUCUCUUUGUUAUGUUUCAAGGGUCAAUUAGGGCAUUGCUUGAGAAAGAACCAACUGGAGGACUUGUAAGAUCGCACUUGUAUCCAUUCAUCACAGACUAUUUAAAUGAUCUUUUCGUUGGGAAAAAACAACAGUUACCUUCCUUCCGUGACACUUUGAAAGAGCGUGGAACAGUUCAGAUGCUAACUUUAGCUAGAGAUGCGGCACUUGAAGUUCAGUCUCUCGUCGGAGUGCUAGAUUCAUGUGCUGGGACCGUUCGAUGCCACUCUGUGAUUCUAUUUCAUGAUCUACUGGUGUCAACAACUCUCUCACCUGAUGAUACCGUCGACUUGUUUGCAUUUUCUGUCAUGAGAUUAACCACAAACGCGCUAUCAUCUGGCACAAGUUCCUGGUCAUAUCUACGCAAAGGAUCCGGUUCACCUCAAAUAUCUUCUAGAUCUACUACGGUGCCCCCUCUUGGUUCAGGUGGUACAUUGCCUUCGGGAAAUGGUAGUAGCACAGGUCGUGUUAUUAGACCUUUGCAGCACGAUAAGUGGUCGAAGGGGAAAGAUGGGUUUCUUGUAACUGAUAUUUGGGGUUUAGAUGCCACCCCGACAAUUUUGAUACAGAAGACACAGGAAAGUUUUUACCUUUUGACUUAUCAGUACAAGAGUCUCACCUUGGUUCUUCUCGUGCCUAUCGCUGCAAUUGUUAAUGGAGAGCUAGACAUCUCAUUCGUGAAGCAGCAAGUUAUUGAAAACGCAUCGACCAAAAUCUUGAAAGUCGAAGAGAAGCUAUCGAAAGGGUGGGGCGGUGAGAAUGCUUACCAUGUAAGCGGUUACCGUUACUUACUAGUUGAUAAUGACAUGGAAGUUUCCAGAGCUUCUCCACCAGGAAAGGUAGCAACACUAGCAAAGGAGUCUUUGCUUGCACUAAACAAGCUAAGGGAAGAAGUGGAUACAGAAAAAAACCGCUCGAAGCAAGAGAAAGACAUGGAAAUAUGCAUUCGAGCGAAGAACAACACAUGGGUCAUCGCGCGUCUAAACAGAGGUAAAGAGCUUUACAUGGCUUUAGAGAAAGCAAGUGAAACUCUUCUUGAUGCUACAGACUCUGUCCAAAGAUUCAGCAACAGGUACUGCAGCGGGGCAUUCCCCAUGGAUUAGAUUCUGCAAUUGUUUGUUUUGAUAGAAGUUGCAAAGGAAAGUGUUUUUGAAGUGUUUUGAGAUAUGUUUUAGAUUUUCAAUUAUAAGAUAUAAAAGAAACCGUUACAAAGAAUGAGAAUUUGGUGACUUUUGUAUCCACAACUAAAAGUAAACGUGGAACUUGACCCUUGACGGUUUGAAUAAAACCUUCGCUUAAUCUCAAAGAUUAGUUCCAAAAUCAGGAAAGCUAAAAACGCUUUUACACAAAGGAGAGAUUACUU